CAGUAGCAACAGCAGCAGCAGCAGCAGCAGUAGCAGCGCAGUGCUCGCGACAGUGCAUACAUUAUAAUCGUAUAGUGCGAUUCACGAUGUAUACUGUGCUCGCCGUCUCGUCGCUCGUUUUCGCUCGUGCGUGCGCGUAGCGACAAAAGCAAAAUAAAAAAAGAACGAAAAGAAAAAAAACAUAGAAAAGACAAGAGGUGUCGAGGCCGUGCGACAGCCGAAUGAGUCCUCGCGAUUGUUAUUGUCGCAGGAAAUACGUCAAGCGCUCCGAAAGAGCAGCGACACGAGAGUCACGUCGUCGAGCAUGGGAAAUCGAGAGGAGGAGCAACAGCAGCAGCAACAGCAGCAGUGAUCGCAGUGCAAGAUUAUUUUGCCACGGUCUUACGGUCGUCGGCCGUCCUCCGCGAUUCCAACGUACCUGUAUAACCUCUGAAAUCACGGAGAGCGCAGUGUAAUCGACACCGCAAUUAUUGGUGAUGAUAAACCGAGUCGAGAAAUAGCGCGAUAGCAGCAACAUGCCUUGCUUUACGGACGGCAAGCAGCAGCAGCGACUACAACAACAACAACAUAAGUACCAGCAGCAGAAGCAGAGGCGUCUGCUUGGCUCCGAGCCCGUCGUCUACCUUUCGAACGCCAAGUAGACGAGGCUCUUUCGCGUUUCUCUGUAUAGGCGCAUGCGACGUCUAAGGCGACGUCUGCGAACGCAAACAGCGCACGAAACAAAUAUAUACCCGAACUACGUUUACAGCGGGAACGAGUCGGUUUGCCGUGUUCCUGGAGCCUCUAUUAGCGCUUAUUUUCGUACUAUAAUAAAACUCGCGUAAUUGCGAUAUAUUGUGCGUAAGGUGAUACACGAUACAACCCGGAUAUUACGAAAGGUAAACACGGGAUGGACGCGUGUUCUGUGGCUUACGCGAAAUAGGCGCCUAGUGCAGUGCACAACAACAACGACGACGACGACGACGACAACAAUAUUUAUAAGGAAAAUUGCGUGAAUACUGUGGUGUUAGAGUGUCAACUUGUGCGUGUUUGUGUGUGUGCGUGUCGUGGUCGUUCGAUGAUCUCUUGAGUGUUGUGACUCGGACAGCUCGAAGACUGUCAUUUACUCAUCGUCGGAUCUGCCUAAAGUGCGUACCGUGUGUCUCUCUGUCUCCGUGAUAAACACACACGCACAUACGGCAUACGGGUCCGGUCGGCCGUUCUCGCGUUUUUCGUGCGCGCGAGGGCGUACAUACGUACGACGACACAAUAAAAACACAGUAUAAUAACAAUAUAAAAAAGGAAGCUAUCGGCCAAAGUCAGCAGAAUGGCGGACCUCGAGGCCGUGCUGGCCGACGUGAGCUAUCUCAUGGCGAUGGAGAAGAGCAAGUGCACGCCGGCAGCCAGGGCGAGCAAGAAGAUCGUCCUGCCGGAUCCAAGCGUCAGGAGCGUCAUGCACAAGUACCUUGAAAAGAAGAACGAGGUGAACUUCGACAAAAUAUUCAAUCAAAUGUUAGGAUAUCUUCUUUUUAAGGAUUUCUGCGAGAAUUCAUCUGACGAGCCUAUACCACAGCUCAGUUUUUACGAGCAGAUCAAGGCGUACGAAAAGCUCGAGUGCCCGGACGAGCGACGUAAGCUCUCUCGCGAAAUUUACGACAACUACAUUAUGAAGGAACUUCUGGCGCACGCACACGCAUACUCCGAGGAUACGGUCGCACAUGUCCAGGAUCAGCUCAUAAAAAACGAGUAUCCCGUUAACUUGUUCGAGCCCUAUAUCGAGGAGAUUUUCAAUCACUUAAGAGGCGAGCCUUUCAAAAAGUUCCUAGAGAGCGAUAAAUACACUCGCUUUUGCCAAUGGAAAAACCUGGAGCUGAAUAUCCAACUGACGAUGAACGACUUCAGCGUGCAUCGAAUCAUCGGGCGGGGCGGCUUCGGCGAGGUCUACGGCUGUCGCAAAGCCGACACCGGCAAAAUGUACGCGAUGAAGUGCCUCGACAAGAAGCGCAUCAAGAUGAAGCAGGGCGAGACCCUGGCCCUGAACGAGAGGAUAAUGUUGUCGCUGGUCAGCACCGGCGUCGACUGUCCCUUCAUCGUUUGCAUGACCUACGCCUUCCACACGCCCGACAAGCUCUGCUUCAUUCUCGACUUGAUGAACGGCGGCGAUCUGCACUAUCACCUAAGUCAACACGGCGUCUUCAACGAGCCUGAGAUGAAGUUUUACGCGGCCGAGGUGAUACUCGGCCUAGAGCACAUGCACCGCCGAUACAUCGUCUACAGGGAUCUCAAACCCGCUAACAUACUGCUCGACGAGCACGGCCACGUCCGGAUAUCCGAUCUGGGCCUGGCCUGCGACUUCUCCAAAAAGAAACCACACGCCAGUGUAGGCACCCACGGCUACAUGGCUCCAGAGGUACUGUCCAAAGGCACUGCUUAUGACUCGAGCGCCGACUGGUUCUCCUUCGGCUGUAUGCUCUUCAAGCUGCUCAAAGGACACAGCCCCUUCCGACAGCAUAAAACCAAGGACAAGCACGAGAUCGAUCGGAUGACCUUGACCACGAACGUAGAUCUGCCCGAGUCGUUUUCACGGGAGCUGCGCUCGCUGCUCGAGGGGCUGCUCCAGCGAGACAUCGCCAAUCGGCUCGGCUGUCGCGGCGCUGGCGCCGACGAGCUCAAGGAGCACCCGUUCUUCGCCGGCAUCGACUGGCAGCAGGUCUACCUACAGAAGUACACGCCGCCCCUGAUACCACCGCGGGGCGAGGUCAACGCCGCCGACGCCUUCGACAUCGGCUCGUUUGACGAGGAGGACGUCAAGGGGAUCAAGCUCACCGACGCCGAUCAAGACCUCUACAAGAACUUCCCGCUCGUCAUUUCCGAGCGGUGGCAGGCCGAGGUGGCCGAGACCGUCUUCGAGACCAUCAAUAACGAGGCCGAUAAGGUGGAAAACAAGAGGAAAGCGAAAAAAGUCCGAUUCGAACCGGAUGAAAAAGGUUCAGACUGCAUAUUACACGGCUACAUAAAGAAGCUCGGAGGUACGUUCGCGAGCGCGUGGCAAACUCGCUACGCCAAACUUUAUCCGAAUCGAUUAGAACUUCACGUCGAGUCAUCUCCCGCCAAAACCGAGCUCAUCUUUUUAGAUACGGUCGAGGAAGUGAGCAGCGACUUGCAGCUCAUCAAGGGCGAGCAGUGCAUAGUCGUUCGAACGAAAGACACCAAAGCCGUACUGACAAAUCCCGUAAGUGGCUUUCUGAAACUGAGUCCCUCGAAAAAAACCGGAUAUACAUAUUACCACUUCACCACCCUUUCUCAGGACGAGAUCAGCCUGAAGGAGUGGGCCAUAUCGCUGCGCGCUGCCCACAAGGCCUCGAUGGAGAUGCUCGGCAACAUGGCCAAGAAGGCGGGCAAGAUCUACGGCACUGUGGGCGACAACAGCGUCGUAGCCGCCAGUCAGCGCUCCACCAACGGCAACUAGCCCCGUCAGCCUCUUUGGCGCCCUGGCUUAUAAAUACUAUAAAUACUGUGUACAUCCUUUAAAUGUGUCGAUAUGUAAUGCAUGAAAAAUAACACGAAAAACACACAAACAUGACGUAGACACGGAGCUCCUAUAGUGCUUGGAGCUCUUUCGACAUGAUAUAAUAAUUAUUAUAUAUGAAGCCCCAUACUGCCCCGUCAACGUCGCUGCUUCUCACGACCGACGCAGCGAAAUUAUUAUAUUACAUUAUAAUUAUUACACCUUUUUUUAUACAACUCGAUGAAAAAAAAAUAUAGAAAAAAGUCAUAUUUAAUUAUAUAACAUAUACGGAAAACGACUCUAUAAAGUAUCUACAUUACGAUAGUGUAGCUGUAAAACCAUUUUAUUAUGGUAGAUGGCUGUUAAGGCGAAAAAUUAUAUUAUAUAUAAAAGUAAAAAAAUGUAAUCGCGUGUAAUGUACGGACUCGGAAAUCCGUAUUCAUCUCUGUAGAAAACUCAGCGAACUAUAAAAUGUACUAAUAUUCAAACGAGAA